AGUGUAGCCCUAGCAGUGCCACCUGUCAGUGUCCAUCAGUGCCACGUGCCAGUGCCCAUCAGUGCCACCUAUCAAUGCCAAUCAGUGCCACCUAUCAGUGCUACCAAUCAGUGCCACCUAUUAGUGCCAGGCAGUGCCGCCUAUCAGUGCCAUAUAUCAGUGCAAUGCAUCAGUGCUGCCUUUCAGUGCCCAUCAGUGAUGUCUGCCAAUGCCCAUCAGUGCCACCUAUCAGUGCUGCCAAUCAGUGCCACAUAUCAGUGCUGCCUAUCAGUGCGCAUCAGUGUGAUGGAUUUGGUAAAAUGCCUAUU